AUGUCUCUUUCGUCGAAUGACUCUAUCGGGAUGAUAUCUGCUGAAGCCAUGAAGAAACACCACGAGUUCUGCGACACAUUCAAGGGCUCUUCAAGCCCCCUAGCCAUGAUAUCUAAGGAAUCCCCCGGUACCAUAUGGCUUAACUGCUUGACUGAAGGUCACGAAGACCGGACCGUUCAAACUGUAUCAGUUGAAAACUUACACCCCACAUUGGCGGAACAAGUAGCUUUUCUGAUGGAUGAACGUACAGGACCAGAGUACUUUCAACUUCUGGAAGAAGAUAAUCAUCUGUGUCAGGAGUGUAAGAAUGACUCAAAGCUCAUCAGGAUCAGGGAAGCUACAGAUCUGAUGGUGAAGUAUCUUCAGUCCAUUGGUUCUCCUACAUUUGAGCCUUGUGUUUGUGGUAGGCCCUCCCUUUUCUGCUUGCUUGAGGGAGAUGAAAGUCAUGUUGUCAAAGCAGGGGCCCUAUACCCUGUUCAGUUGCCAGAAACGUCCCCCGACCCUACACAGAUUCAUGCGGCGUGUUCAAUGAGGUGCGCGCUCGAGUCACUCACCAAAGGUUACGUGCCAUCCCAACAAAGAUGGAUCGCCAAUACGUUCUCCACUCCCACCACCAUCCCAUCUACAACAGGUGUCCACAUUCUCAGAGACGGAAGGAUGAGAUAUCUUUCGUAA